AUGAUGACUCGCUUGGCGUCGGUCGGUUCGUCACUUGGGUCACUGGGUCGCCGCAGUCUGCGACCUCUUCAUCACCUGCUUCUUGAACUCGCAGCGGUCCCCCCUGAUGUUGAUGGAGCGUAUCUCACCGUCCUCGUCCCACGUGGCAAAGUUGUGACGCACCAGAGGGGGUUUCAGCGUUGAGCCUCCUCUCGAUGCUUUGGUCCCGCUCAAGUCGUCCUGCUCAACCCAGUUAGCUCUGAUGCAAUUUUUUUUUUUUACUGGGCUCAUAAAUUGCAAUCCUUCGGGUUGGCUGGGACCGCUAGAAAAAGAGCUAAAAGAGGUUAUAAAGCAACGACGGCAAGCAAUUGGGUGAAAGUCAAACCCCUGCGCGCAAAGAGCGCUGCGCAGAUCAAAACUCGCCGAGCACCUAACGCGGACUCCAACGGCGGUGAGUACUGCUGCCGCUUCACGUCCCAAGAGCGGGAGCGAAGAUACUCGAAAACCAGGCAAGAGCGCCUAG